UGAGCCCGGCCGCUCCUGCCUCUUCGCGGCAUGGCAGCUCUGUGGACCAAACACCUUUACGAGCAGCUGCCAUGUACGGGGGUUUGGCCCAGGUCCGGCAUGUUGUGUUGGUCCUGUCGGGGAAGGGAGGUGUGGGCAAGAGCACCAUCACCACAGAGUUAGCUCUGGCUCUCAGGCAUGCUGGCAAGAAGGUUGGCAUUCUAGACAUUGACCUGUGUGGGCCCAGUAUCCCCCGCAUGCUGAAUGUGAGCCGGACUGACGUGCACCAGUGUGACUCGGGAUGGGUGCCGGUCUACACGGAUGCCACAAAGAGCCUCGCACUUAUGUCCAUCGGCUUCCUGCUGGAGGACCCAGAUGAAGCAGUGGUGUGGAGGGGGCCCAAGAAAACGGCUUUGAUUGGCCAGUUUGUGUCAGAUGUAGCAUGGGGAGAGCUGGAUGUGCUGCUGGUGGACACGCCGCCAGGGACGUCUGACGAACAUUUGGCGGUGGUGGAGAACCUUAAAAAACACAGAUUGGAUGGAGCCGUUUUGGUCACCACACCUCAGGCGGUAUCCACGGGGGACGUGAGGAGAGAGAUCACCUUCUGCAAGAAGACGGGCGUGCGGAUCCUGGGCAUCAUCGAGAACAUGAGCGGUUUUGUUUGUCCACACUGCUCAGAAUGCAGCAAUAUAUUCUCGAAGGGUGGCGGUGAAGAGUUAGCCAAACUGACCGGAUCAAUAUUCCUCGGGGCCGUGCCCUUGGAUCCUCUGCUCAGCACCAGCAUCGAGGAGGGCAAAGACUUCAUACAGUCGUUCCCCGACAGCGCCACCUUCAGUGCCAUCAGCAGCAUUUCUCAGACUCUGCUCAACAGCCUCCAAACUGCUUGAACCAUGAAUGUAUUUUCUCGUGUGUACAUGUUUGAACAUUCUGUGAAAAGUACAGUAGAAUACAUAAAUGUUAGUCGUCGUGUGGAUGUCAUUUCAGUGUUGCAUUUUUGUUCUGUACAGUUUAACAAUUUAAAACUAUUUGCUGAUCAUCUUUUUUAGACCUCAUUAUCUGCCUUUAGACGGUACAAGGCAGGAUGUGUGUGUGCAGAUAUCUUUCAACGCUGCCGUUGCAAUUCUUGAGGCAUUAACCAAUCACUGCAGUGACACAGGAAGGUAUGAAUGGUAAGUCAUUCUUCCUGUGAGACUUCAAAAAUGUCACUGUAAAUAAAUACAGUAGUGAAAACACUUUGCGUUUUGAAGCCAGUCAAAUCUAAGUUGGAAUCUUCUUUAAUUCGAUUGUGACACACCAGGAUAACUUCAAUAUCAGUGGUAAUACAGGAUUGUAGAUUGGCGCUUUAGUAAAUGCGUCAGCAGCAGUCCCAUUUUCAGAAAACAAACCCCAGAUCAAAUCGGACCAGUUCUUGCAUGAAACUAGGCCAAACUCUGAACACUAAUCUCACUGGAUCCCUGCUGCAUGCUACGAACGAUACCAAGUCUUCACAUUUAAACUUGGAUUUUCUUAUUUUUAUUGGGGAGGUAUACAUUUAAUAUUUGAUCUGGAUUAAAUCUUCUGAAACUAGCCUGCCCUUCAGCUUUAUAUCCAACAGCAACAAAACACUGAAACCCAUGCAGGAUCUUGAUGGCUGGAAUGUGGAAGAGAUGAAGUUACAGCCACAGAUGAGGAGGAGGUGGGAGGUGAAGAAGAUGGAGAUGAAAUUUUGGAAAUUACACUUGUGAGUCCCAACACGGGGCACACACACACACCUUUUUAAUGCAAACAGCAGUACUACAUGAAAAACACUGAAGUUUGAGAAUGUUUGCGUAAUGAUUAGAAUACAGCUACACACAAAACUCCCACUUCACCAGCAACAUACUAAAGGCAAUCUUAAUUAUUAAACCAAGAAUUACAUCCAGAGGAAUUCCAACCACUUAUCACAAUUAACCCACAGUGCAUUAAAUCUAUCUAUGUAGAUAUUUAUAUAUGUCUGUAUAUAUGUAUAAUAUAUCCUGGGGAAUUAAAGACUUUUGCUGCAUUAAACAGUUCAAUGAACAAUUUCUUAUAAAUAAAA